AUGCACAAUUAUGAAGGAAUGAUUGAUAGUUUUGCUGAUGAUGAUAAUAAUUUUGCUAAUGAUAAUGAUAGUUUUGCUAAUGAUAAUGACAAUUUUGCUAAUGAUAAUGAUAAUUUUGCUGAUGAUGAUAAUAAUUUUGCUAAUGAUAAUGAUGGUUUUGCUAAUGAUAAUGACAAUUUAGCUAAUGAUAAUGAUAAAUUUGCUAAUGAUAAUGACAAUUUUGCUAAUGAUAAUGAUAAUUUUGCUGGUGAUGAUAAUAAUUUUGCUAAUGAUAAUGAUGGUUUUGCUAAUGAUAAUGACAAUUUAGCUAAUGAUAAUGAUAAAUUUGCUAAUGAUAAUGACAAUUUAGCUAAUGAUAAUGAUAAUUUUGCUGGUGAUGAUAAUAAUUUUGUUCAGCAAUUGUUGCUUUAA